GGAAGUGUCACAAUGGGAGCAGGUGCAAAAGGCACCAGCAGGCAACACUUGCAGUACAGCCUGGACUAUCCAUGAACGCACACGUGGCAGGAGACUGUGCUGGAUGAGGGGCAGAGCAGAAACACAGAGGAGGCCAUGACCUUCAGGAAACUAUUCCUCAUCCUGCUUUUGAAAUGCAUCCUUGAGUACCCCCGGUUGGUUAGUGAUAGACUGGAUGAAGAGACACGUGACCACAUGCAGCAGCGUGCAGAGUACCUGGACCAAGAGAUGACUCAGCUGCAGAAGGAGCUGGAACGUGUGACCUCGGGCCAGAUUGCCAAGGCCUGGGGAGCCCUGCUCUGGGCUGCCUUGCAUGAGUGGCAGUUCUGGGCCCUUGCUGGAAUCCAGGUCUUCCUCUUGGGCCUCUGCUGGAAGCUCAGGAAAAGGAACCAUGAGGUGGACAGCAGUGACGAAGAAGAGAGCAGCUCCACAGAGAGUGAAGAAAGUGAGGGAGAAGAUCCUUCUGAGAGCGAUUUGGCCAGGGUCUAUGAAAGGCGCAUCCAGUGGUCAGUGCAUAAGCUGGCCCACAGGAGACGAGUGGUGGAGGAGCUGGUGCGCGACCUUCUCCAUGUCUCCCAUGAGCACUUUUUGAACAGCUUCUUCCCAGUGCUGCAACCAGCCAUUGGGGUGGGCAGUGCCUGCGAAGGUUGGAGUCCCCAGGAGGAGAAGGAUGUUGUCUACUGCAUGCUUGUGCCCCUGAAGCCACCCUGUGGGCACACCUUCCACCUGAAACCGAACACCGCAGGGGAGAUGCCGCAGAAGGGCAUGUGUGUCUGUGUGGAGCUGGUGUGCACCUGCACCAAGGGGCAGGGGGGCAGCAAGACACUGUGCUUCCUCCACCCCUGCAAGGAGGAACUGAAGAGAAAUCAGGAGCCCAGCCUCCUACAAACUCUCUGCACCGGUCCCUACCUUGAUGCGCAGAAAAUUGCCCUCUGGUUCCAGAAGUUUGUGACCUCAGCCUGGGAGGAGGUGCUUCGCUCACAUCACUACAGCAUGAAGGUGCUGCCCUCCACCCACUCCUGUAAGCUGAAGCUGAAGAAAGCCCACAGGAAACCCCUCUUAGUUGAGAUAAUAUUUGGCGUGCAGCAAGGGGACUCGGACAUCUUCCUGAGUAGCCAGCCUACAGAAGCCCUCGUCCCCCCAAGCACGACGUGGCUAGAGACCUACGCUGUGGCAGAGGCGAUGUUCUUCCAGCAUGUCUCCAGGCAGGCCCCACGCCACAGCUGCUACCUCAAAUGCCUGCAGCUCUGUGCUCGUGUUCUCGUGGGCACAGGCUUUUCUCCCUAUACUUUGAAGACUGUGGUCAUGCACCUCCUGACUCUCAUUCCCCUGGCAGGCUGGUGCCGCAAGGAUUUCCUGCUGCGGCUGGAUGAUGUUAUGCAGUACCUGAGAUGUUGUGUGGAGGAGAAACGCCUCAACCACUUCUUCUUUGGCAAUGAGGACAUGCCCAAGGAGAUCAGCUUGCCCAAAGCCUUCCAAAUGGCCCAGCCCAUCAACCUCUUCCAGAACCUGGUGCAGGACCCAGAUGCCCAAGCUAAGGCACUGCGUGAGGUCAACUACAUGAAAGAUCAGCUCAGAAGACAGCUUUUCUACGGGAUCUUCACAUAGCAUUGUAUCAUUAAGUUUCUAGGAAAAGACCUCUCAGAUCAUCUAGUCCAAUCUUUGACCUUCUGGGAGCUUUACUUGGUAUAAAGUUUACAAUAAAUCUCGUAUUUGAACAAACA